CAUAAAGCGACAUCAAGAACGAAGAGCAAUUUUGACUCCAAUUUUAACAGAUUUCACAGUUCGAAUAACUGCUGCUCCUGCGAUUAUUUUCACAAAAGUAAUUGCACCAGAGAAUUUGCACACAGAGGAGAUUUUAGUGUGUGGCCAUUCUUUAGAGGUGAAUGUGACCACAAACCUGGAUUUCUUCCUCAGUGUGGCUCAAGUACAACUUCUGCAACAAAUAAUACAAGCUAAUAUGGUUGGAUUAGAAACUUCCAGCAAAGCCAUUGAGGUUUCCAAACAAGAGCAGAAAAAAAUGGACAUGUCUGAUGGAGGAACGGUUGAAACUUCUUCGCGUUAUAGUGGAGCGCAAGAUAGUGGCAUUGGCAGUGACAGCGUUAAAAUCAGAAUAGUUCAAAUAGAGCAACAUAGUGGCACCAGCCAACAUCGCAUUGCCCGACCUUCCCGCCAGUCUUCCAUUGUGAAGAACCUGAACUUCAUUCCCUUUGACAUUUUUAUUACCGCAAGUCGGAUAUCUGUGAUGACUUACUUAUGCACUGCUUUACUGAAGCCUAAAUCAACACAAGAUCAGAAAGAUGGUGAUCAAGUAGGUAAAAGCUCAUUAAACCUUCCAGAAACAGAUUCAAGUAUUGGUCAAGAGACUGAGAAACCCAGUCAGGCAUGUAUUUCAUCAGUCACUGCAGAUGAUAUCUUGAACAGUAAUGUUUCUUUGCCCACUGGAAGAAAGACAGGUCUACUGUCACUGGAAAGUCUUCACGCUUCCACACGGUCAUCUGCUCGACAAGCCCUGGGUAUAACUAUCGUUCGACAGCCUGGUCGCAGAGGAAUUGGUGACAUACAGUUAGAACCCUUUCUGUACCUUGUUGUAUCACAGCCUUCUAUACUUUUGAGUUGUCAUCACAGAAAACAGAGGGUGGAAAUUUCGGUGUUUGAUGCUGCACUUAAAGGAGUAGCCUCUGACUACAAGUAUACAG